CACUACCCCUUUUCCUCUGUGCAAUUCUCUUUAUUACUCUAAUUAGGUACCAAUUACUUUAGCUUCCCAACAGCUUUCUCUAUUAGGGUUAUGCGUAGUAAAUUCCCUUAGCAAUUCAUUGGGUUUUCCUAAGAUUAAUGAAAUUAGGGUAUCCAAACAUGGACUGGCCUUUCUGUUAGGUCGCUUCGCAUAGAGAACUGAAGAUUGAAGAAAUUGAUCCAGGAACGUACAAUUUCACAUAAGGGUCCAGGGCUGUAAUGAAAUUGGGAAUUUAGGAUGCUUAUGUCAAAAACACUAGGGUGAUGAUUCUAAACCCAAAGAUGAAAUUUCCUUUGCAAUAUUGACUAUUCAGUUCAAGUCCAAAGAGGAAAGAAUGUAAAACACAUGUUGCAGUGUAGGUUGGAUGCUGAGAUUAGAGCUCCAAAUUAUUCACCUACAUAUGUGUGACGUCAUCACCCCAAGGGAAUUUGGAGUGCAUUUUAGGGGAUAAGUUUAUAAUUUGCAGUUAUAACCGCUGAUCAAGAGUUGAGAGACUGAUAGAUAUACAUACACAUGUAACAGACUGUGAAGUUGUUAAUUCUCAAUAGUUAAUCUUUUAAUUAACAGUUAUAGAUGUUAAAUCCUUCUCGUGUUCUAUUUAUUAUCAUUUCAUUUGUACUUUUGGAGAUUAAACUGCUGUGGGAUGUGGCCGAAUUCAUGCUGCACUUUUCCAAAUGAGGAUUUAUGUUUACUUGCCUUUUGCUUCUUUUUUUUUUUUUUUCUUUAAAUUUUUUGUUUUAAUUCAUCAGUGUAUAUACUUUAAUUAUGUUACUGACUCUGUCCUUUAUCUGAUGUUACAAAUCGGGGUUGUGGGACUGAUCUUGUCUUCACAGUCCUUGCUGGGUUGGCUUUUAUGUUUUCGGCUAGCAUUUUGCUACAGAUUCUGGUCAGCCUUAAACCAGGAUGUUUAACUCUGCAGGAGAGCUUUCAAACCUGCCAAAUUAGCCGUAUUGAAUUUACAGCGUGUGCAAUAUAUAACAAUUGGUGGCCCAUGUUAUCAGCUCUGAUGUAUGUGCUGGUUCCUAUGCCUUGCUUAUUCUUUGGAGGAGGAUCCACUCAAUUUCUAAUUAGCCGUGAUGGUGGGGGUUGGAUAGAUGCUGCAAAAUUUUUGACUGGAGCAUCAGCCGUUGGGAGCAUAGCCAUUCCUAUAAUCCUCAAGCACGCUCAUAUGAUUGAGACAGGCGCAAUGCUCAUCGAGCUUGUAUCGUUCUUCAUAUUUAUAUGUACUGUUUUAUGUUUCCACCAAGCCAACCUUGAUGAUGAUUGGUAAUAACAAAUUCCACAAAGUUCUGACAUCCUGCUAGUCAUUAGGGUUUGUUACCCGUAAAAUGGGAACCAAAUAGUGAAACUUACUACAACCAUGGGAAAAGAAAUGUAUGUUCAAACCUCUGUAAAGCUCUUCAGUAAUUGCUUUUUUGUUAGUUUGUAUUCUCGUUAUAGUAAGAUAUUUGUCAUAAUUUUGAUUCGUGGAGAACACGUGACGUUUGACUUCC